AUGGGCGCUAUAGCCGCUCCUGGGAGACAACAGGAUCCGACUCAGUGGAAAAAGAAUCUGUCCGCCCAUGUCAUCUGUCCAGAAUGCAAGGAAGUUCCGCCGAACCUCGAGUUCCCUGGCUCCCAUGAGACUGUGUGUGGCUCAUGUGGAUUAGUGCUGGCGGAUCGAGAAAUUGACAUGCACUCCGAAUGGCGUACUUUCUCCAACGAUGACCAGAACAACGACGACCCGUCUCGUGUUGGAGAUGCGGUAAACCCUCUCCUCAACGGCGACCAACUGGAAACCCAGAUUGCCAGUGGCGGCUCCGGUCGAGUCCGUGACUUGUACCGCGCCCAGAACAAGCAGUCGAGCGAGAAGGCGAACAAGGCGCUGCUUGCGGCCUACAAGGAAAUCGGUGCGUUGUGCGAUGGAUGGGGCAUUCAGAAGAACGUGGCCGAUACAGCCAAAUAUUUGUUCAAGACGGUGGACGACGCCAAGGCGUUCAAGGGCAAGUCGCAAGAUGUGAUCAUCGCCGGAUGCAUCUUCAUCGCCUGUCGGCAGCGAAAUGUUCCUCGUACCUUCCAGGAGAUCUUCGCCGUGACCAAGGUCAGCCGGAAGGAAAUCGGACGUAUCUACAAGGCUCUGGAGAAGUUCUUCCAGGCCCAGAACAAGGAGAGGCAAAACGCCGUUCUCUCGAGCGGCGGCGUCCCCGAUCCCAACGACACUUACACCGCAACGACGACGACCCGGCCCAGCGAUCUCUGCAACCGGUUCUGCAACCUGCUCGACCUCCCUUAUCAGGUUACGAGUGUAUCGUCGGCGCUGGCGGAUCACGUCACGACCAAGGGCGAUCUCGCCGGUCGGUCUCCGCUAUCUAUCGUUGCCGCCUGUAUCUACAUGGCGUCCUACCUCAUGGGCCACGGCAAACCCGCCAAGGAAAUUUCCACGGUGGCCCACGUCAGCGACAGCACCAUCCGUGGUGCAUACAAACAGCUUUACGCAAAGCGGGAGCGCUUGGUCGACCCCGAAUGGAUCAAGGAUGGCAAGGGCAAUUUGAAGAAUCUGCCCUCCAUCUGA